CUUCAUACCACGUGACCGCUGUGUAAACCAUCCCAGCCCCGAGACCUUCCGAUUCCACAGUCCGCAGUAACAUGUAUUAGAGAACUGAUUUACACAGAGGUCCAUGUGUUUUCCCCACGAGGAUGUCAGAAGCUCGGGAUUACUUUCAAGCUUACUUGGAUGAAUAAUAUCUCCAUACGUCUCAAUUCAGGUUUCUUUUAGAAAACUUUCGAUUUAUUUAUUUAUUUAUUUAAUAAUUGUACCGGUAUAAAUCGGACCGUGGACGUGUCCCACGUCUCACUGGUGUUGAGCACACGUGGAGUUCUCAGUGUGCGGAGAGCAGGCGCACGGCAGCGCGAUGAGCCAUGAAACAUCUCGCAGGGACCAGAGGCUCUGAGUGGAGAGAGGUCAACUCUAAGCCAUGUCCUGACAUGAGAUGAACCUGAAUAGCGACUCAUACAGACUGUGGAGGAAUUUCCUAACAGAAUUCUAUACAAGAAUGAGGAAUAAAUAUGUUAUCUUCAUCAUCUGCAUUGUGGCCCUCGUCAUCAUUGAAAAGGAAAACAAUAUUAUUUCAAGGGUCUCUGACAAGCUCACACACAGACAGACACAAACCUCAGAGCCUCUUUCAUUCUUAAAUGACUCCAGUUUGGAUGACAGUGAGAUGAGUUUUAAUUUGACACAGUUUUUGGAUCCAGUCCAGGCUGGUCAAAAGCAUAUUCUCUUAUUGGCCACCACUCGAACUGGAUCCUCCUUUGUAGGUGAGUUUUUUAACCAGCUUGGAAACAACAUGUUCUACUUAUAUGAGCCACUGUGGCAUGUAGAGAGGAUGCUUUCAGAGGAUUCCAACAUCUCAUCCAUUGUAUACCGGGAUGUGCUUCUGAGCUUAUUCUUGUGCAACUUCUCCCUGCUGGAGAAUUACAUCAGCCCACCUCCUCUAGAGCAUGUCACUCCAGCGCUGUUUCGACGUGAGUCUAGCAUAGCUCUGUGUGAGGAGCAGGUGUGCACGCCAGUACAAAAGCAUGUUUUUGAGCGAUUUCACUGCAGAACACGCCGCUGUGGCCCUCUCAACUUCACCUUGGCCACACAGUCUUGUCUGAGCAAGAAACAUAGGGCCAUCAAGACAGUUAGGGUUCGGCAGCUGGACUCACUCCGUUUGUUAGUUGAGGAUCCUAGACUGGAUAUUAAGGUCAUACAGCUGGUGAGAGACCCCCGUGCUGUCCUGGCUUCAAGAAUGAUAGCUUUUUCUAGCAAAUACCAGACUUGGAAAAGUUGGGCAGCAAAUGGAGAGGUACCCAUUGACGAUGAAGAAGUGAAACGGCUUCAAGGAAACUGCAAUCAAAUCCGUGAGUCUGCCGAGCUGGGCCUGAGCCAACCGGAUUGGCUGGAAAGUCGCUACAUGCUUGUGCGCUAUGAGGACAUCGCAAGAUUCCCCAUGCAGAAAGCAGCUGAAAUGUACAGGUUUAUCGGGAUCCCAUUCACAUCACAGGCAAAGGAAUGGAUCAUUAAGAACACACAUGCUUCAGAGGUUGUAAGUGGAGUGUACUCUACACAGAAGAACUCUUCAGAGCAGGUAGAAAAAUGGCGUUUCAGUAUACCCUUCAAGUUAGCCCAAGUUGUACAAGAUGUCUGUGGUCCGACGAUGGAACUAUUUGGAUAUCGAUUUGUUGACAGUGAGGAGACACUGGUUAACAAGUCUUUCAGUUUGCUUGAAGAAAAACAGUUUAAUAUAUCAUAUGUUACAGAUUUUAAUUUAUAGUUUUAGUAGCAAAAAAAUAGCGUUAUACAUUUUAAACAGAGCUGUGAAUGUAUUUUGAAUACAUAUGUACCACACUGGAGCACAGAUCUUGUAUGCCUUUAGCGGUUACCUCAUGGUUUAGCGUUAAUCAAAAUGCAUUCAGUUUGGUUUGACUAAUUAAGAUAUUGUAUGAUUUAUUAAUUGUAUUUGCUGCUUGUGUUUUGACAAGGAAUUUUAUCUAAGUAAGUAAAAUAGGUUGUUGUUUUUAAGUCCUGGAGACGUUUUAGCCGAAUAUCUUUAUCAAAUUAGUUUUUUGUUUUUGUGUUUUAUAAAACAAAAAAACAACUUUGUUUUUCCCCCAAAAAAACAACAACUUUGUUUUUUUUGUUUUUAUAUAUAAAAAAAAAAAAAAAAACUUCGAUAAAGAUGUUUGGCUAAAUAUAUAUAAAAUCUCAAACACACACUUUCAGCCAUAGCAUUAAAAUGCAAAACAUUAAGCUCAAUAUUGUCAGUACUGGCUUCUUACAGCAUAACUCCACAAGACCUAGGUCUGGCACCAGGACGCUAGGGGCAGAUGCUGUGGAUUAUGAGGUGGGGCCUCCACAAAUCCAACUUGUUUGUCCAGCGCAUUCCAUGGAUGCUCUGUCAGAAUGCAGUUUGGGAAAUUUGGAGGCCUUAAACUUUUUGGCUGCUAAGGCCCAUAUGCAGCAUGCGGUGAUGCACUGAGUGUUCUGAUACCCUUCUGUCAUAGCCAGUCUAAAAAAAGACUUUUAAUAUACUAUCUAUUUUAAUUACAUUACAGAGUAAAGUGUAAUACAAGUCAUACAACAUACUAUAUACACCAAAAAUCUUUUUUUUCCAUUUCCUACAAAUUUUCCUAAUUUUCUUUUGAUUGUGUAAAGCUGUUUUGCGACAACGACUAUUGUUAAAAGUGCCAAACAGUACAAAUAAAAUGUAUUGACUUGAAUUGAACAGAAAAAAAUGUACUUAAGUACUUUGUGACUGUUGUUUACAAAUAAAAUGAAAGUG